AUGGUAAACCCACCGGCCAUGACCACUGAUCGCGUGGGUGAGAUAAGCGAGAAGGCCCCACAGACUACAGAGAGCUCCCGCCAGGAUGUACAGUUGCUAGGUCUGGAGAGUCCAGGUGUCAAACGCAUCGAGGUCAUUGCCUCUCAUUUCCGUCUUGUGGAUCGUGUUUGUCUCUUUCUGGCCAUCUUUUUGAUCGCUUACGUGUACGGCAUCGAUGGUACUGUCCGCUAUACGUAUCAGCCUCUCGCUACCCAAAGCUAUGGACAACACAGUCUUCUUGCAACAGUCAAUGUUCUUCGUGCGGUCAUUGCUGCCGCGGCACAGCCCACCGCGGCGAAGAUCGCCGAUGUCUUCGGCCGUGUCGAACUUAUCCUCGUGUCCAUUGUCUUUUACACUGUGGGAACCGUCGUUGAAGCUUGCGCCCAAAACGUGCAGACCUUCUGCGCCGGUGCUGUGAUUUAUCAGAUCGGAUACACUUGCAUUAUGCUGCUGGUCGAGGUCUUGAUUGGUGAUAUCACCUCUACUCGGUCCCGUCUCCUGUUCUCUUAUAUUCCAACUCUGCCAUUCAUCAUCAACACUUGGAUCAGUGGCAACCUGACCUCUUCCGUUCUCAAAGUAACCAGCUGGCAAUGGGGAAUCGGCAUGUUUGCGAUCAUCUACCCCGUUUGCGCACUGCCCUUGCUUGCAGUCUUGUUGAAUGUUCAGCGUCGGGCCAAGGCUUCGGGCCAGCUCAGCUCUUACCUUACCCCAUUCCAACAGCUCGGAGCCAGCCGGCUUACGAGGGAGCUGUUCUGGCAAUUGGAUGUUGUUGGGAUUGUGUUGAUGAUUGGUGUCUUUGCUUGCAUUUUGGUUCCGUUCACACUUGCAGGAGGGGUGACUGCGCAGUGGAAGACUGCCAAGGUCAUUGCGCCUCUGGUGAUUGGAGUGCUUCUCAUUCCGGUCUGGGUCUACUGGGAGAAGACGUGCUUGCAUCCUAUGUUGCCGUUUAAGCGUCUCAAGGAUCGCGGUGUCUGGGGUGCCCUCGGGAUCGCAGUCAUGCUCAACACUGCGUGGUAUCUCCAAGGUGACUUUUUGUAUACCGUACUCGCGGUGAGCUUCGAUGAAUCCGUGCUCAGCGCCACUCGCAUCACUUCCCUUUACAGUUUCGCCUCUGUCCUCACCGGUACUUUCCUGGGCUUCGUUGUCUUCCGCGUCCGUCAAUUGAAGCCCUUUAUUGUGGCGGGCACGAUGUUGUUCACGGUUGCCUUUGGUGUUUUGAUCCACUUCCGUGGUGGUGCCAAUCAUUCGAGCCAUUCCGGUGUGAUCGGUGGACAGGUGCUUUUGGGUAUUGCCGGAGGAAUGUUCCCUUACCCAGCACAAGCCAGUAUCCAGGCUGUGUCCAAGCAUGAGCAUCUCGCCGUCGUCACCGGCAUCUUCCUCGCCUCCUACAACAUCGGCAGCGCUCUCGGUAACACCAUCUCUGGCGCCAUCUGGAACCAAGUCCUUCCCUCUGAGCUUUCUCGCCGUCUUGGUAACGAGACUCUCGCCGCCGAGGUCUAUGCCCAGCCGCUUCUCUUUGCCGCGUCAAACCCCGUGGGUACAUCCGACCGGGAUAACGUGAUUCUGGCGUACCGCAAGACUCAGAGUCUGUUGUGCAUCACUGGUCUUUGUCUGACGGUCCCAUUGAUCGCGUUUGCGCUUUGCACGCGCAAUCCCAGGUUGACCACGGAGCAGACGCUCGCUAAGGUGGAAGAGUCCGAGUCCGAGUCCGACUCGGACUCGGAUUCGCAUUCGACGAGGAAUGAGACUAGGGCUUAG